CUACCAACGAGCUGUCUUCACCUUCACAUUGCCUUAGCCUUUUGCGCGUUGUGUGGUGGCUGGGUGUUACACCAGGGUCAUCUUGGUUUUUCUUGUCGCGACAGAGUAUAUACUGUAGGAUAUGGUGGAAAUGCAAGCUGGAAAAUUGCACGCGGCUUGUGACGAAUGCCGUACGAGAAAGCUGAAAUGUUCGGGCGACGCCCCCGCAUGUAGUCGUUGCGAACGAGAAAAGAUAACAUGUGUCUACUCUCCUCAAAAACCAAUGGGGCGACCCAGAAAACGAAGGCGAGAAGAUAUACCACCCGAAGACGCUCAAGAAGGCCAGCCUGAGCCCAGCCCUACAUUUGACGGCUUCGCCAUGCCGACCUUGGGAGACAGCGGUCUGAAUUCGCACGGCGAUCUCACUGCUGACUUCCCUGGGUACCAAAGUGUACCUAUCAACGACGCAUUAUCAGGUAGCCUGAUACCACCAUCGUAUAUAGAGAGCUUCGGACCUGUGCCCGCAUACGAGUCUGUUCAUAGCAUGGACCCCAUAGAUCCGUUGUUGUGGGACUCUCCACCGAACGACUCGGGCUUCAACUCACAAGCCAACUCCGCACCUGGCCAGCCAGAAUCUGGACCGUGUAGUUGUCUCUCCCUCAACUACCUGGCACUUAGCGACCUUCAGUCCAUCACAAAUUUCGCGUUUCCUGCUGUAAUUCCUCGCAUUCGACCAGCCCUUACAACCGCAUCCACCAUGAUUAAUUGUACCAAGUGUCCCACUGAAACCUUCAGUGCCAUUCAAAACAUACAAGCGCUGAGCGCAUUACUUAGCGCUAUCACGGAGCGCUUCCACAAAGUGCUGUGUGGUAUCGAUGCCGAGGCUGCCCGACUCGAGCAAACUAAGGAGAAGAAACCAUUCCGCGUUGGUGAUAAUUCCACUGAAAACAGACACUUGCAUACGGGCACACUGGACUGUCCCAUGGGCUAUGAUCUCAAUCUUGACGCCCAAGACUGGAAGAGGCUGGCAAAGCAGAUGCUCAAAACGGAGGUCGUGGGCGGAGGACACAACCCAACGCCAUUACUUGGAGUGGUGGGGGAAUUGGAAAAGAGGCAGCGCAGAUGGCACCAGGAUACAAGCAUGCAUACUGAAGAGCGAACGAAGAUGUUUGGAGCCGAUAACAUGUGCAGGAACAAGGGUGAUCAAGCGAUGUGUUUGAGGAUGUUAAGUCAGAUCCGCAUUAUGGUGGAGCGAAUGGACUGGGACUGAAGUUUGAUCUGAAUUGGCGGGUAUCAUUAGGUUUGGAUAUCCCUCCUUGAGCAUCUCGGAAUCUGCUCGUUGGGUUUAUUGAGCUCCAUGAGUAAUUUCCAAUCAACUUCUCUCCUCAAAGCACGCAUUGAACAUUCAGGAGAAUGUUCAGGAGUACUCGUUUCAAUGAAGAAGUGAGAAUACUUACAUGUUUUCGCCAUGCGCAUGCCAUGCCUUUAGCAACGGGUAGUGGACCUCAACCUUGUUCACUCGACCACUGAGACAACACCUUGGCGUAGCUUGACGAUCACCAUCCCCAAUGUCUCGUAUGAGUGUUCAUGACCCACGGGCAAACGUACGCGCAUAGCCCAUAAACAAGUAUCCCCGCUGCAAGGAGGGACAUUA